AUGCGCCUCCCCUAUAUCCUGCUCGUUGCUUUGGUCACCUCCCUUCCCUCGCUCUCGGUUGAAGCCAAUGCUGGAACGAGGACUCUGCGAUCGCUCAAGACGAGCAACAGCGAAGACGCGGCCGAAGAAGAGCGCGUACUACCUGUCGUUCCCUUUCAGCACACUUUUAAUUUUAACGCUAUGGACGAGGUUCUUUUCAAGUUUAUCAAGUUGCCGGAACAAUUCGAACGAAUGAGGACUCAGCCAGAGCGCCUACGAACAAUUCUUAAAGACUGGUACGAUACUCUCCAAAGCGUUGACGAUAUCGUCGCCUUCAUGACGAAGCAAAAUUUGAGUCCGAAAGCCAUUGAAGAGUUCAAGGGAGCGUACGAGGCAUAUAUCAAGUAUGCAAAGUCUAUCAACGUGGAUCCGGCUUUUUUAGCCCUUCAUUAA